CUAAAAACGCUUACCGCUUCGGUCGCAAAUCUGGACGCUCUCAGCGUGAUUCAGUUGCACUUGCUGUAUAGUAAUCAUCUCGUUUGAAUUGGAACCGUUUGCGGCUAAAUCGAUUCUAAACAAAAUGAUUUUAGCUCUUGGUUUUACCUGAUCAGUCUAACCAGUGUAUUUGGGAUAAAUAACAAUAACUUCAGAGAAAACGAUUUCUGCCAGCUGUCGGGUGAGAAACACGGAAUAUGUCGCAAAAUGCUGGAAUGUCCUGAGGGAGAUAGAUCGGCUUCGGCGCGCUGUACAUCUACCGGACAAGCUCGAGUUGUUUGCUGUCCCAUAACCGCACAAGCUUUGUGCAUACAGGUUCCAAUUCAUCGAAUCUCAAGAGCGGGUCCUCAUGUGGUUGGCAACACCGAAAACGCCAAUGUCGGUGAUUUUCCCUUCAUGGGACUGUUGAAGUACAAAGAUCGAACGAAGCGCUGCGGCGCGGCUUUGAUCACCAAGAAACACUUGCUAACCGCUGCACAUUGCAUACGGAACGGGAAACCGACUCAUGUCCUGUUGGGAACCAAUUCGGCAAAUGAUUCAGGUGCUGAACCAUACCGAAUAGCGAGAAUUGUUAUGCAUCCGAAAUACAAUUCGUUGAAGAGUAGCAACGACAUAGCGAUUGUUGAAAUGGCUGAAGAGUACGACACAACAAAGGAAAUUGAUCCACUUUGCUUGUACGGAUCCGAGGAAGACUUGCCGUCGAAUGAAAAUUUAACCGUCGUUGGCUGGGGAUGGACGAAUACAGGUACGCAUAACGUUUCCGACAUUCUGCAAAAAGGCACGGUGAGAACAACAAACUUAAACAGUUGCCAAACAAGUUACAAAGGAGUUAAACGGUCCAUCACGAGCCACCAUCUUUGCGCUCAAGGAGAAGCAGAUGCCAACGGUGUCUACACAGAUGCAUGUAAGGGUGAUUCCGGAGGACCACUGGUGAAGCUUGUGGACAGCAAAUAUCACCUGCUUGGCAUUGUAUCGAUUGGCCACGACUGUGGACUUAAAAACUAUCCUGGGGUGUACACCCGUGUGGCGAACUAUCUGGACUGGAUUAUAGCACAAUUAUGAAUGCCAUAAGUGAGAAAUACUCCAAGUAUACAUAAUACUUGUACCCGCAAAUAGAGACCCUAAAUUAGGAUCUUUACCCGCAAUGACAACACAUGAUUCAAUAAAAAACCUGAACUGGAAAUAAAUUAGUGAUUGUUGUGGUGUACUCGUCACAGAAACUUAAAUAAAUACUGUCACUUUGACAUGUGUUAUCUACCAACCUAAUAAAAAUGUAUUUUGAUGAGAAUGAAAAAGCAAAGAAGAUUAAUACAAACUCAGGCUGAGCCACUUUCUCGAAACAACCGCCAAGU